CAGCUCAGAGGAGCAGCAUCACAGAGCAACGACAGAGCCACCACAGGCAAUAUGGCGGAGGCAGAAGCAGUGAAGCUGAAGGAGGAGGGGAACCAGCACUUCCAGCUCCAGGACUACAAGGCGGCGACAAAGAGCUACAGCCAGGCCCUGAAGCUGACCAAGGACAAGGCCCUGCUGGCCACGCUCUACCGGAACCGGGCAGCCUGCGGCUUGAAAACGGAGAGCUACGUCCAGGCCGCGGCAGACGCCUCCAGAGCUAUCGACAUCAACUCCUCGGACAUCAAGGCUCUGUACCGGCGAUGCCAGGCGCUGGAGCACCUGGGGAAGCUGGACCAGGCCUUUAAGGACGUUCAGCGCUGUGCCACCCUCGAGCCACGGAACCAGAACUUCCAGGAGACGCUGAGGAGACUCAAUGGCAGCAUUCAGGAGAAGCUCCGCGUGCAGUUCUCCACCGACUCCAGGGUACAGACCAUGUUUGAGAUCCUCUUGGACGAAAACAGCGAGGCUGAUAAGCGGGAAAAGGCUGCCAACAACCUCAUUGUCCUAGGCCGUGAGGAAGCUGGAGCUGAAAGAAUCUUCCAGAACAAUGGAGUGGCCCUGCUGCUGCAGCUCCUGGAUACUAAGAAACCAGAGCUGGUGCUGGCUGCAGUGCGGACCCUGUCGGGCAUGUGUAGUGGCCACCGAGCCAGGGCCACGGCGAUUUUGCACUCAGUCCGCAUAGACCGCAUCUGUAGCCUCAUGUCCGUGGAAAGCGAGGAGAUGUCCCUGGCCGUCUGCAACCUGCUGCAAGCUGUCAUCGACUCCCUUUCUGGGGAGGACAAGCGAGAGCACCGUGGGAAGGAGGAGGCCCUGGUUCUAGACACCAAGAAGGACCUGAAGCAGAUCACCAGCCACCUGCUGGACAUGCUGGUCAAUAAGAAGGUGUCUGGCCAGGGCAGGGACCAGGCGCUGAACCUGCUCAAUAAGAACGUCCCCAGGAAGGACCUGGCCAUCCACGACAACUCACGCACCAUCUACGUGGUGGACAAUGGCCUCAGGAAGAUCCUGAAGGUCGUGGGGCAGGUUCCCGACCUGCCGUCCUGCCUGCCCCUGACGGAAAACACCCGCAUGCUGGCCUCCAUCCUCAUCAACAAGCUCUACGACGACCUGCGCUGCGACCCGGAGCGGGAGCACUUCCGCAAGAUCUGCGAGGAGUACAUCACGGGCAAGUUUGAUCCCCAGGACAUGGACAAGAAUGUGAACGCCAUUCAGACGGUGUCUGGGAUCCUGCAGGGCCCCUUCGACCUGGGCAACCAGCUCCUGGGACUGAAAGGUGUGAUGGAGAUGAUGGUGGCGCUCUGCGGCUCGGAGCGCGAGGCAGACCAGCUGGUGGCCGUGGAGGCCCUCAUCCACGCCUCCACCAAGCUCAGCCGCGCCACCUUCAUCAUCACCAACGGGGUGACGCUGCUCAAGGAGAUCUACAAGACCACCAAAAACGAGAAGAUCAAGAUCCGCACACUGGUGGGACUCUGUAAGCUUGGCUCUGCAGGCGGCACAGACUACGGCCUCAGGCAGUUUGCUGAAGGCUCUACAGAGAAGCUGGCUAAGCAGUGUCGCAAGUGGCUAUGCAACGCCUCCAUAGACACGCGCACCCGGCGCUGGGCCGUGGAGGGCCUGGCCUACCUCACCCUGGAUGCCGAUGUGAAGGACGACUUCGUGCAAGACAUCCCUGCCCUGCAGGCCAUGUUCGAGCUGGCCAAGACCAGUGACAAGACCAUCCUGUACUCAGUGGCCACCACGCUGGUGAACUGCACCAACAGCUACGACGUCAAGGAGGUCAUCCCGGAGCUCGUGCAGCUCGCCAAGUUCUCCAAGCAGCACGUGCCCGAGGAGCACCCCAAGGACAAGAAAGACUUCAUAGACAUGCGGGUGAAGCGGCUUCUGAAGGCGGGCGUCAUCUCCGCGCUGGCCUGCAUGGUGAAAGCUGACAGCGCCAUCCUCACCGACCAGACCAAGGAGCUGCUGGCCAGGGUAUUCUUAGCACUGUGUGACAACCCGAAGGACCGAGGGACUAUCGUGGCUCAAGGUGGCGGCAAGGCCCUGAUCCCCCUGGCUUUGGAAGGCACGGACGUGGGCAAGGUGAAGGCAGCCCACGCCCUGGCAAAGAUCGCCGCCGUCUCCAACCCGGAUAUUGCCUUCCCAGGGGAGCGGGUAUAUGAGGUGGUGCGGCCGCUCGUGAGCCUCCUGAACACGCAGAGGGAUGGGCUGCAGAACUACGAGGCUCUCCUGGGCCUCACCAACCUCUCUGGGCGGAGCGACAAGCUGCGGCAGAAGAUCUUUCAGGAGAGGGCCUUGCCAGACAUCGAGAACUACAUGUUUGAGAAUCACGACCAGCUGCGGCAGGCGGCCACCGAGUGCAUGUGCAACAUGGUGGUCAACAAGGAGGUUCAGGAGAGGUUCCUGGCAGAUGGGAAUGACCGGCUGAAGCUGGUGGUGCUGCUCUGUGGGGAGGAUGAUGACAAGGUGCAGAACGCAGCGGCAGGGGCCCUGGCCAUGCUGACGGCGGCGCAUAAGAAACUGUGCCUCAAGAUGACCCAAGUGACAUCACAGUGGUUGGAGAUCCUACAGCGGCUUUGCCUGCAUGACCGGCUGUCUGUCCAACACCGGGGCCUGGUCAUCGCCUACAACCUGCUGGCGGCUGAUGCAGAGCUGGCCAAGAAGCUGGUGGAGAGCGAGCUGCUAGAGAUCCUGACUAUGGUGGGGAAACAGGAGCCCGAUGAGAAGAGGGCGGCAGUGGUCCAGACCGCCCGGGAAUGUCUCAUCAAGUGCAUGGAUUAUGGCUUCAUUAAACCAGUGUCUUAGACAGGGGCCCACAGAGGGGGCUGGUGCAGUUCUGUGCCGAGUCCUGAGCUGGGUGCUUCUGCAGUGUCAGUUCACUUAGGGAUCGUAGCAGUGGCAGAGUCUCAGUAUAGAGGAGACUUGAUUGUCCCCUGUGUUGUGCAUCUUCCCCCCUGUCCUGGGAAAGUUUGAAUGUUUCACCAACUCUCUGCUCCCUGUCUCCUUAUAUUUGCCAUGUUCCAGAAAUUCCUAGAAUAAUGUGAUCUGUGAUUAGAAGGUAGUUUGGAUAAUUCUUCCUGCACCCAUUCUGAAGGCCAGGAUAACGGGCUGAAGUUCUCUAUGUUUUGGAAAGCGGAUGUAUAGUCAGGUAGGAACUAGCAGGUGUGUGACCAUACAGGUUAAUGCUGUUGUCUUUGGAUGUUGAUCUGUGCUGGUUUCCACAUCUGUGCUUUUCCAAACUGUUGGAAUCCGGCUGUUCAGAACUGCGUGUUUCUUCAGUGCCCUGUUCCAGGCUUUAUGGAUUUGGUUUAGCAGAGGAGACCUAAAAUAAUUACUUAGAUAUUUAAUUCGAGUUGUUAUAAGGACUAUUAAUGAAAGGCACAUUAAUCUAUGAAUGAGACUGUCUUAUAAUAGGGUCCUAGUCCAGUUUGAGGGUUGGGGAUGGAGAUGAGGAAGAGUAGGGAAAGGAAUAAGUGUAGCAAAAGCAAAAGCUAAGUUCCACGUUCUUGCAGAACCACAGGCAAAGUGCUAUUGAGACUUAGAGGAGGGAGAAUCACACUGACAGAGAGGUGUGUUCAAGGCUCAGAGGAACCGUUCUUCACUGGUGCAUCUCCGGGCAUGCGGAAGGCAGUGAUCCAGGCAAGGAAGGGGCUGCAUGUGCCCAGGGUCUUCUGAAUUCUCCAGUCGUCACUUAGGAGCUCAUUAGAAAGGCAGACUCUCAGAGCCAGUACCCAAACUACUGAAUGAGAAGCGCAUUUUUAGCAAGAUUCUACAGUGAUUCAUACAGACCUUAUGGCUACUGAAAUAAAUGAAGACAUCAUGUCGGAGCACAGAAGUACAUUCUGCACCUCCACCAACGCGAGGAAAUUCUGCAGUUGAGCACUAAGCCAUGGGAGUUGUAGCUUGAUUUUUAACAGGAAAAGCACACACAGAAAAUGCAUUGGGUAGGUAAAGUCAGUCUUUUCAGUGGACUGCGGAGGACAAGUGGCUCACUUUUAUUAUUUAUUUGUUGGUUUUAAAAAAAUAUUCAUUUAUUUAUUUGAAAGGCAAAGUUAUAGAGAGGCAGAGGCAGAGGCAGAGAGAAAGAAAGAGAGAAAGAAAGAGAGGUCUUCCAUCUGCUGGUUUACUCCCCCAGAUAACCACAAUGGCCAGAGCUGCACUGAUCCGAAGCCAGGAGCCAGGAGCUUCUUCUGGGUCUCCCACAUGGGCACAGGGGCCCAAGGACUUGGGCCAUCUUCCACUGCUUUCCCAGGCCACAGCAGAGAGCUGGAUCGGAAAUGAAACACUCAGGUCUGGAACCUUCGCCCACAUGGGAUGCCGGCAAUGCAGGUGGUGGCUUAACCCACUACGCCACAGCACCGCCCCCUAUUUGUUGGUUUUCAAGUUAAUACGUUUUAUAUUUUAGAGAUAUUUAUAUUUUAGAGAUUUAAGAUUCACAACAAACUAGAACAGAAAGUUCAGAGUUUCAUGUCUCCUCUGUUCCCACACAUACAGGCCUUCCUCCAUUAUUGAUAUCUGGCCCAAUAAGAAUACACUUGUAACUAUCAAUGAACCAACACAGCCUCCCCAUUCAAAGUCCAGAGUUUACAUUAGGGUCCCUCUCAGUGUCCAUUCUGUAGGUCUGGGUAAAUGUAGGACGACGCGUGUCCACCAUCGUGGUGUCACACAGAGCAGUUUUGCUGUCCUAAGAACCCUCUGAGCGUGAUGCCAACCACAUAAUUGCUUGGUCUUAGAUAGGCCUGGCACAUGUAGGAAGGGCAUUGGUUAGGUAAAUUCAGUUUCCCUUUGAGAGAGAACUCGGAAACUUGCUCCGUUUUUUAAGUCUUGCUUUAUUUUCAUUUUUGAACUUCAGACUAAAAGGAAGCGUGUGGGGCUGGCAUUGUGGAGCAACGUGGUUAUGUCUCUGCCUGAGAUGCUGGCAUCCCAUAUGAGCACCAAUUCCAGUCCUGGCUGCUCCAUUUCCAAUCCAGCUCUCCGCUAAUGUGCUUAGGAGAGCAGUAAAAGAUGACCUAAGUCCUUGGGCCCUGCCACUGAUGUGGGAGACCUGGAUGGAGUUCCUGGCUUCUGGCUUUGGCCUGGCUCAGCCAUGGCUUUUAUGGCCAUAUGGGGAGUCAACCAUUAAAUGGACAAUCUCUCUCUGUGUAACUCUGCCUUUCAAAUAAAUAAAAUGAAAAAUUUUUUUUUUUUGACAGGCAGAGUGGACAGUGAGAGAGAGAGACAGAGAGAAAGGUCUUCCUUUUUGCCAUUGGUUCUCCCUCCAAUGGCCGCCGCGGUAGGUGCGCUGCGGCCGGCGCACCGCACUGGUCCGAUGGCAGGAGCCAGGUGCUUCUCCUGGUCUCCCAUGGGGUGCAGGGCCCAAGCACUUGGGCCAUCCUCCACUGCCUUC